AUGACCACGGCGGGGAGUGGGAUGGGGAAGGGGGGACGCGAGUCGAGAGUGGGGAACGCGACUGCAAGCAAAGCCGAGGCGGGGGCCGUCCAGCAUGAACGUGGUCCGAGAAAUUCAACGCUUCGGCGACAAGUCGCCUUGAUGCUUCAAGACCGAAUUGCACAUCAGCACCGACGCGACAUCCCGCCCACCUCUGCACCCGCUUCACCCAACUUCGGCAAACCACCACCCAACCAGACCCACCCGUUUACUCCCUCGCCGCAUUUCACUCCCACCUACCUCAGUGCUCCGCUUCACAUGCCCGACUGGUGCAAUCAGCGUCCAUACAACCCACCUCAUCCAGAGUCCUUU